ACAACAAUGUUUCUCAGCCGGAGGAAUUUAAAAGAAAUGCCGGUAAUGAAGGCAACAAUAUUCAAAAGAACCAGGGGGAAAUGACUGCAGUGGAAUGUAACAGAUCACAAACAUGCACCGAUCAACUCCAGUUCUUCUUGGCAAUCUCUGAAGAGGGUGAUAAAUUUGCUUUGGAUGAGCAAAUGGUUGCAAGGGAGAAUUCUCAAUGUGAUUCAGAGAAAAAACAAGAAGCCAUCCAAGCAAGAAGCCGUCCAAGCAAUGUGAACAUGGCUGAUGUCAAGGAACUCCCUAAGGAGGCGGCAGCGGGGUUGCCAGCCAAAAAGAAGCGAAGGAUGGCAGGCAGUGUCACAGAACAGGAAGUGCCAGAUAUACAACUUGAGUCCAGUCACUGUGGAGGGCAAGACAGGGAGGAAACAGAAGUCCUCAUUACUGUCACUACCUCAGAUGGGACCAGUGCUGCAUGUGAUCCAAUGGGAGAGAGCUGUGAGGUUGAAGGUGUCAUAGCGCCUGGUCCAGAGCAAACUGCUGACACAAAGUCAGACCCGCCGCCGACAGAGGAGGAAAAGGAAGAGCUUUUGGAGAAUCCGGAUCAGCAGGAACCUGAGGGCAGCGCUGCUGAGAUUCCUGCUGAAAAACCUCAGGAACCCAUAGAAGACGGGGAAGAUGGGUCAGCAGCAGCAGAACACCAAAGUCUUGCCAUCACUUUAUACUCUAAUCCAACUCAAAAUGAGGAGAUUGAGAACGGGAAUGCGAUGGAGGCUGCCGUUCUGCAGGUGAAUAGUGACACCAGGACAAGUGAGAAGAAGGAGGAGCUGACUGGUGGUGCUGGGGACGGAGCGGAGGACGGAGCUGGGGACGGAGCUGGGGACGGGGCUGGGGAUGGAGCUGAGGCAGGUGCUUCACCCACAGACCCCCAGUCAGGAGGAUCGAACACUGUGAAGCUCUGCGAAGCUGCAGCGCUGCCUAGUGGCUCAGAGAGGAAAGACAGCGCGAGUGAUGGAACAAAGUGUGAUGGUGAUAAGGAACACAGUGCUGGAUCGACUGAGCCCCUUCAGACCUGGGACACCACCGACCCGUUUGGAUCUGGGUACCUGGAUUACGUUACUGACUCGCAGCUGAACACUAUCAGUCUGAGUGAGGUGGAUGUGAUGGAGGAAGAUCUUGGUUCUCCAGACCAUGAAGAUGCUACAGAGCUGAUCUGUGGGCUCAUCAGAGAACUCUCCUCUCUAAAUCGUAAGGUCAUGGCCACUCACAGAGAUCUGGAGAACCUGCGGCGUAGCAGUAAAACUUCAAGAAGCUCCAAACGUUGAGGAGGAAGUCCCUUCCACUAAGAUGUUCAUUGUUGACCCAUGGUUUGUGAGUAAUGAAGGUGUUUGAGUGUACAAAUGUUAAAAUGUAUCACUGUUUACUGUGUUUUUGUAUAACUGACAGCUGGAUUGUUACG